AUGAAAAGUCCUAUUACCAAAAUCUCAGCUGUAGGAACUGGUGCAACUGGCUUUGCCCUAUAUUCGCUCUUGAAUUAGUGGUAUCAAUUAAAAAAGAAACACAACCAAUAUUAACUUAUGAAUGAAUUUACACCCACCUCCAUAUUGAAUUACUUUAAUUCAACCCAAAAAACAACAAUCGAAGCAUUUAUUGCCGGAGAAUUAGUUUCUGAAAGUCCCAUCAUUUCACAAGUCCCACUUAUAAUGAGCGAAAAGAAAUUCUAUUAUAUAUAUGAGAAUGGCGUGUAUGUAAUUGUCUUUUAUAUUUUAAUAGAAAAAAAAUAAUUAAAACCUUUCAACAUAGUGCGUCUCAAUUAAGUGUUGCAGACUUUUAUAAUAAAAUCGAAAUAUGGAGGAACUCAACCCUUAACUACUAAUAUUCUAUGAGUCAUAUAUGGGAUCUAUUUCUUCCUCAAUAAUUAAGCAUCCUUCAAAGGAUAACAAAUUUCAUUUUAAAAACAAUAAAUUUUCUCAAAAUAAGAAAGUUCUUUUUCAAAGGUUUUCAUACUGGAUUGCUUGAAAGGGAAUAUGGCAUCAUAGCAAAUGAAUUUUAUGUCUUAUAUGGAGAAAUCAUUCUUGAUAAAAAGUUGAAUAAGAUGUUCCUUUAAAAUCCAAAAUAUAUCCUCAAAAGUAAGGUGCAAUUACUAUUGUUAAUACAAAAGUAGAUUAAAUAAAAAAGAUCGAUGGCAGUAAUUGUCUUCAUUCUAUUUGCGAUUUGGUCGUAUAUUUUUGGUUGCAAUAUAAUGAAUUAUAUUGUAAAUUUUUUGAAAGAGAGAGAAAAGGCAAAAUUGGAUAAGUUAAGAGGGUAGAAAUACUUAGAAAUUAACAAUUAUGAAUGUCAGAUUUGUUUUGAAAGACCUAGAAAUAUUAUCAUUAAGCCUUGCAAACAUCUAAGCAUUUGCUAUGAUUGUUCAUAAAAACUCAAAAAGCCAUAAUGUCCUAUAUGCAAAUAGUAGAUAGAGGAUAAAAUUGAAAUCUUUUUUACUUGA